AUGGCGCCCAUCCUCACCACCACGCCGACACUCACCGUUGCCCCUGAGCCACUCACCAAAGAAGCCUUCGCGCCCUUUGGCACCGCAAUCUACUCCCCUCUGCCGCGCGACCUGAAUCAAGCACCAGCGAGCGUCUCCUCUCUGGCACCACACAGUCCCACGCCGGUGCUCGCCAACCAAAACUCGGCGCUGAAGUACAGCCCGAUCUCCCCGCUGCAAGACAACUACCCCGGCCACUGCCCCAGCAAGCAUCCGUCCGCCGCCCGGAUGACCAUGUUCAGCUGCUUUCCACGCCAACUGCGCGGCCAGAACACCGGACUCUUCGACGUGCGCAUCCUCGAGCGCCACCCCUUCACCACCCAGACCUUCACCCCCAUCGACCUCUCCAGCCAGUCCGAUGCCGGCGGCCAGCCCGAACCCUUCUUCCUGGUCGUCGUCGCCCCGACCCUGAAGGGACAGACCGCUACCGCCAUGACGCCCUCCGGCCCCGUGACCGUGCGCGAUCCCCCCGAUCUGAAGAAUCUGAGGGCCUUUGUCGCGCGCGGGGGCCAGGCCGUUACCUAUGCGGCGGGCACGUGGCAUGCGCCCAUGGUCGUGCUGGGCUCCAGGAGGGUGGAUUUCGUCGUCGUGCAGUUUGUGAAUGGGGUGGAUGAUGAGGAUUGUCAGGAGGUGGCGUUUGGGGAGGGGGUUGUCGUUGAGGUCGGGGGGAGGGCUGCGGCGAAGCUUUAG